AUGUCGCAUGGCAUGCAGUCAGCUAACGCGGGCCCUGAACAGAUUCAAGAUUCUGAUUUGUCUAUCAGCGACCAAAAUGAAGAUUACGUCACCAUUCCGGGCCUGGCAGGUGGCGCUGUUGGAACAAAGUACGAUUGGAAUACUUCGUAUGCCGCGGACGAAGGAUUAGACGGCCGAAUUGUUUCUAUUCCGCAGGGUAAAGUUGUCGGUGGAUCGACAAAACUCAAUCGCAUGGUCUUUGAUCGUGGUGCGCGAUCUGACUACGAUGGAUGGGAGGCUUUGGGAAAUGAGGGCUGGAACUUCGAGACAUUCCUGCCAUACUUCAAGAAGAACGAGAAGUUUACACCACCAACACCAGAGAUUCAAGCCGAAUACAACAUCCAAGUUGACCUCGAAUACCAUGGCGAUGAAGGAUAUAUGCAAACAACUUACUCCCCCUUCUUCUGGCCUACGACGAAGAACAUCGUACAAGCUACCGAAGAACUGGGUAUCUCCAUCAACGACCAAGCAACCGGAAAUGCAUUCGGUGGUUAUUUCUGCCCACACAACCUGGACCCCGAGACUGUAACACGCUCCUCUGCAGAGGAAGCCUAUUAUGCAUCUGCCGAGACACGCUCAAACUACCAUCUUCUCACUGGUAAUGUCGUAUCGCGUAUCCUCACAGAGAAGUGCAACGAUACGGAAACGGUCAAAGUAACUGGUGUUGAGUUUUCGACCUCGGCGAAUGCAACCCGCCAACAGACGAAAAUCAAGCGGGAAGCUAUCCUCGCUGCUGGAACGCUUCACACACCACAACUGCUACAGGUAUCCGGUAUCGGUGAAGCUUCUCUGCUCGAGUCUAUCAACGUGAAGACAGUUGUUGAUCUUCCUGCUGUUGGACACAACUUGCACGACCAUAUCUCUAUUGCUGUUGUGAACAUACUAAACACCACCAUCCUAACCAACACUCUGACAACGAACACUACUUUUGCAGCGCAAGCUCGCGAGCAGUACGAUAACGAGAGAUCUGGCCCACUGACCUCCCCAACUGGCGACUUUCUUCUCUUCUUGCCAGUUCAAACCUACACUAACGCCACACAAUCCAUUCUGUCUCAAGCCGUCGCUGGAGGAUCAUCCGCCUCUCUUCCACCUAACACACCCGCUGAAGUCGCACGAGGCUAUGAAGCACAGUUUGACUCUCUUAACAAGAAGCUUGAAGCCAAUGACUCCGCAAUGUUGGAGAUCAUCUGGGCUGAUGGCGUCGUGGUUCUUGGACUUCAACACCCGUACUCCCGUGGAAGCGUGAAGGCGAGUUCAUCCAGCAUGUUCGAUGCUCCAGUCGCCGAUGUGGGAUUCCUACGCAACGAAGUAGAUACUGCACUAUUGCGCGAAGGUGUCCACUUCGCUCGAAGACUGGCUGUUGCACCAUCUAUCGCAUCACUCAACCCCUUCGAAGUUUCCCCAGGCAGCAAUGUUACAGCCUUCGCGGAUAUCGACGCUUUCAUUCGUAGCACUGCGUCGACACUUUACCACCCCGCCGGCAGCUGUCAUCGCGGCAAGCCCUCAACGAUGAGUGUAAGAUUCCAGGCGGCAGUCCUAGCUGACUACGGCCAAGCUGACUGCGGCGUCUUGCGAACUUGA